AUGUUAUCAACAUUCAAUACUGUAUUGACAAAGGACUCAACUACUAUUGUCCGUUCAUUGAGUAUUGACUCCCCUGUGUAUAGUAUAAUAUUGGAGAGAAUGGUUAUACAUAAGAGGAGAUAUGGUGCUGGUGCUGGUCAGAUGAUGUUGCUACUUGGUAGCCUGAUGGAGAGAUGUGUCGAUGUCAUAAAGAUGACAAACAUCAAUCCAUUGUUAAUUGCUCAGACUCUGAAGAAGUGUAGAUCAAUCAUAAAUGAACGUCUACCGGCAUUGGCCAUUCACAUUGAUGUACAUUCAAAUUUGGCCGCAAUAGUAAGGACAUCACUAUCUGGCAAUGUAUUGCAAAGUCAUUGGCAAGCGGCAACAAAGUUGGUCAAGGCCGUGAUGGACUUGGUACCAAGUCUAAGCUCGAGAUCAUAUCAUAUACAUACUGUUGCGGGCGACAGUGCAUCAACGUUGGAUAGUCAGCUUGCCAACAGUUCAGUCAUCGCCGGACUGCUCUUCAAGUCGACCUUCACAUACGCUGGCGCAGAGAGUCUUUCAAAAUCAAUCGACAAUGCAAAGAUACUAUUGUUGGACAUUGAUGUGGAGUUGAAGCAACAGAGAGAGCAUUCAUCAUUGGACAUCAGAUCAAUGGAGGACUAUAAGGUGUUUGCAGAGGCUGAGCGCAAGCAUCACUUGUCCAAGCUGGACACUAUUUAUCGGAACAACAUCAAUAUUGUCAUGUCGACCAAGAGCAUUGGUGAUUUGGCCAUUCAGGAGUUUGCUCAGCGGCCAAAUAUGUCCUGCCACGGACGUAUCGAGGCACAGGUCAUGGAGCGGAUUACACAUGCCCUGGGAGGUGUUGUCCAAUCAUCAUUGAUCGAGUUGUCACCAAGUGAUUCAUUCUACGCCACAUGUUCAACAUAUCGCCAAGUAUUGAUUGGAGGUGACAGCUACGAGUUGUUCCACUCCUCUGUGGAAGCAAAGCAGCAGGACAAGUACGCGACUGUGCUGCUAUGUGGAUCGACAAGACAGUUCUUGGACGAGGCCGAGGUUGGCCUGAGUGACGCAAUCAAGACAACGCGAGCGAUCAUACAAGCUGGAACAAAUGAUGCACCACCCAAUGUAGUUAUUGGAGGUGGAGCACUAGAGACAGCAUUGGCAUUAUAUUUGGAUCAGAGCAAGAUGUCAUUGACAUCUGACAAAGAGUCACUUGUGUUUGGUAUCGUGGUUGAUGGCCUUAGAUCAAUGGUCAUGACACUGGCAGACAAUAGUGGACGUAAUGGAUCACUCCUUGCUGAUGAACUGACACAACAACAACGUAAUACUGGCAAUCACAAGAUUGGCAUUGAUGUCACUGCCAAUGGAGAAGUGAUUGGUGAUCUCUCAUCAUCAACAUCCACUCAAGUAUAUGAGAGUUAUCAAUCAAAGCGUGCACUCAUCAAUGAAGCACUGGAUCUGGCAGUGCUAUUCCUGUCACUCUAUUAA